UUCUCCUCCUUCUUCCCCUUCUCCGACGACAUCGCUUCUAAUGGCAGCAGCCCUCGCGGCUCCUCCUCGCUUCCUCACCUCAUCCUCUUCCUACUCCUUUCUUCCUCCCCUCUUCUUCCCUCCCACACACGUUCGCUUGUCCUCCCCCGCUAAGUCCGCCACACUCCGUUGGCGACUCUCCCCCUCUGCCGCCGAGGCCGCGGCCGCGGCCUCGGCAGUAACUGAGGCGGAUCCAGAGUCAGAUGUAGAUAAAGUUAAGUUCGAUUGGUUCGCGCAGUGGUACCCCGUUGCUCCCCUCGUCGACCUCGACAAGCGGCGCCCGCACGCGAAGACCGUCAUGGGGCUCGAUCUCGUCGUCUGGUGGGAUCGCGCCGAGGGAAGGUGGCAGGUGUUCGACGACCGAUGCCCCCACCGACUCGCCCCGCUUUCGGAGGGGCGCGUCGAUCCCUGGGGUCGCCUCCAGUGCGUGUACCACGGCUGGUGCUUCGACGGCGCCGGAAAUUGCAAGUACAUUCCUCAGGCGCCGAUAGAUGGACCUCCGGUUAACACAUAUAGCAGAGCUUGUGCAUCUGUUUAUCCAAGUUUUGAACAGAAUAAAAUUUUGUGGUUUUGGCCAAACACUAAUCCUCAGUACAAAAACAUCGCUGAAAGAGAGAGACCUCCUUAUAUUGAAGAGUUGGAUGACCCAUCUUAUACGUCUAUAGCAGGAAUGAGGGAUUUUCCAUUUGGGUAUGAAGUUCUGAUAGAGAACCUCAUGGAUCCUUCUCAUGUUCCAUAUGCACACCGUGGGUUAAUGAGGGUACCAAAAAGCCCGAAAGCCAGACCUAAUGCUGAUAGGGAAGGUGGGGAGCCUCUUGAUAUAAAGAUGGAGACAUCAAGUAUAACUGGUUUCACAGCUCGAAGGACUUUCGGGUUUAACAAAUUUAUAGCACCUUGUGUGUUCUAUACUUCUUCUCCCAUAGUGUCAGGAAAUGGAUCUGCAUCAUCUUCAGAUGUUCAAAAGGAUUCUUCAUUAAAGACACACCAAAUGUCACGGAGGUUUCUUAUCAUUUUUAUGUGUAUUCCUGUUGGUCCUGGACGAAGCAGAUUGAUUUACACCUUUCCGAGAAACUUUGCAGUAUGGGUUAACCAAAUAAUUCCACGGUGGUUUUUUCAUGUGGGCCAGAAUCUUAUUCUCGAUUCUGACCUCUACCUUCUCCAUAUAGAGGAGAGGAAGUUUGCUAAAGCAGCUGCUACUAGUUGGGCCAAGCUCUGUUUUCUGCCAACAAAAGCAGAUGCUAUGGUUGUUGCCUUCAGGAAUUGGUUGAGAAAAUAUUCAAAUGGUCAAGUUCCCUGGGGGACAACAUCUACUCAGCAGCUUCCGCCUACUCCUCCAAGAGAGCAACUUAUGGACAGAUAUUGGUCUCAUGUUGUCCAAUGCAGUAGCUGUCAGAAUGCUUUAAAAUUUCUGAAGGCCCUUGAGUUAUCUCUGCAGAUUGUUGCAUUUGCUUCGGUAGGGAUUGUAGCCGCCAUCAAACAGAGUACAUUGUCAAUCAUUUCAACGAUCAUAGUAGUCUCGAUGGCAGUUUUAUUCUUUGUUACUUCCAAGUGGCUUUCUCAUUUCAUCUACAAGAAUUUCUACUACCAUGGUUAUGAUCAUGCUUUCCGAUGAGGGAUCUAGCUCGAUAGAUAUAGUUCGUGUGUGGUGCAUAAAUCUGGAACAAUUUGGGAUCCUAAAUUGUCACCUUACUUUUCACCAUCUUAGGCAAUAGUCUGCAUAAUUCUCUGCCAUUUCUUGAGCUUGGAAUACACAAAUGAAUCAAGUUUCUAUUCUGAUGAAUUAACUUCCGUCUUAUCAUCCAUAUUGCUGCUACUUGUAUUAUGGUAUCACUUCCAUUGGUUACAGAUGAAUAAGUUUUCUUCUUCAUUUUUUUUCUGUAAAUGUUGACAACUAAAUUUCUAUAGAUACAUAUUCUUAA